AUGACGAGCGUCUCGAGCGAUCCGACGACGUUCGAAUGCCACAACCUGCCCGCUCUCUCAAACCGCCGCCAUUCGCUUCUCAUGAUCUGCAUCCUCGCCGUCGUGGCCACCCCGCCGUCGUCAACCGCACGGCAGCCCGCGUCGGUGCCUCCCUUCCUCACGGCUCCUGCGUGCACGCCAGAUUUUGCGAGCGGCGGGCGGACGACGCUUUUCGAGUCCCAACCUGCGAAGCUGUCGACCGAGCCGCCGCCGGACGCGAUUGUCCCUCGCGAGACCCUUGAGACGGUGAUCGAGGGCUCGGACUCGCUCAAGCACGUCGCCCGCAUCAACCUCCGGCACUCGACAGAGGCGGCGCUCACCGCGCUGCCCGACUUGACGGUGAGUGGGGGCGGCUCGACCAGUCCGUGCGGCGGUGACCCGCGUGAUGGUGGUCAGAAAAGGGAGAGGGGCGCUCCCGGGUCCCGCCUCGUGGGCGCCCUCGUGCUGGGGUGCCUCCUCGCGCUCCUCUGCUUCCAGCUUCGGUCGGGUGGCUCCUCGGCCAGCAAGGUCGGCCCAAACAAGGUUGAGGGGCAGAAGCGCUCGAAGAACGCGGAGAAGGACGAGGUCCUGACCCCGGCCGGCGGCAGCACGCCCCUCAUCUACCUCAUCGCCGUGCUCGUCUUGUGCGGCGUGGCCUUCGAGGCCUCGACCAUGAAGUACAAUGCGAUCAAGCCGGCCGCCGAGAUCAACGCUCGGGGACGCGGCACCGUGCCGGCGACCCUGUCCGUGAACCACGUGCCCGAGUGUGUGUGGCCCGCAAGCGCUGCUGGGAAGGCCCGGAACACAGGAGGCCUCGUCGGCGCGGGAGCAGCCGGGCGGGUCGCCUUGCCACCAUCCGCCGCACAUGUCCGCGUGGCCGUCGCCGCGCUGCUCCUCGUCUUCCUCGCCAUCGCUUGCGGCGCCUCCGGGCUGCUCGCGGCGAGCGGAAAGGGGGCUCGCGGCGCGGCCUCGUCCGCCACCGUCGCCGCCUCGCUGCUCUUUCUCCACCCUUGUGCGGCCGUGCUGGCGCUGCUCCUCUCAGCGUGCCUUGAGCCGCUGCUACGUGGGCAGGUCAAGAAGAAGAGGGUGGAGGGCCGCAGCCACGCAGCGAUCUCCGUGCCUUUGCUCUCCAGCACGCGUGCUCUCCGAGUUGGCAUUGUGAUCCUCUUCUUCCUGCAGGGCCCGUCGCCGUCACCCGAGCCGUCGCCGUCACCCGAAUUUGCCGAGGUUGGCUCGGGCGAGCAGGGCUCCGGAUUUUGGGAGGCUGGCUCUGGCUCUGGCGAGGCGUGCUCUGAUUGCACGAGCGCCGGAUUCACGUGCGACACGUGCGGCUUGCCCGCUGCCGGCGCGAGCGACUGCAACAGCGCGUGCGCGGGCCAAGCGACCAACACCUUUGAUUUCCCCUCCAUCACCGGCUGCCAGGCCUUGUUCGAGUGCAAGGCGCUCUGCCAAGUCGACGCGGCUUGCGCAGCCAUUGCGUGGGCCGCUAGCCCUGAUGAGAACGACGACGGCUGCAAGGUCACCGUGGGUGGCGGCAGCUGGGAGACCGAGGUGUCGUGGGACCUGACGUGCAGCAGCGGGUUGAUCGGCAGUGGAGGGUCCCCCUACUCCGGCACCCUGUCCGCGCCGCCCGGCGAGUGCACGCUCGACAUGUACGACUCGUACGGCGACGGCUGGAACGGAAACUUGUGGGAGGCCAACGGCUGGUGCGAAGACUAUGGCAAUACUGAUUACAACGGCGAGGGCAUGGCCACCGAUACGUGCUGCGUGUGUGGGGGAGGGGUAAUAGCGCCCUGCCCCAACGACUACCUCGUCGUCAACGGCGUGAAGUACUGCGGCACCUCCGGCCCGGCCGGGAUCGUGCCGUCGGAUGGGACCAUGACGUGGGUCUCUGACGAUGGGGGCUGCAACAUCACUGGCUUGCCGCCCGUCGCGCUGGACGUGAUCGCCUUUGACGUGGAGGGAGACGAAUACUCCUACUACGACUACGACGGCGACGGCGACCCCACAAACGAUUGCCCCUUCGCCCACCUCGUCGUCAACGGCGUGAAGUACUGCGGCACCUCGGGCCCGGCCGGGGUCGUGCCGUCGGAUGGGACCAUGACGUGGGUCUCUGACGGGGAGAGUCCCCCGGAGCCGCUGGUGUCGGAGGUGGUCAUGUGCGCCGUCAUCAUUGACCUCUCGCUCGGCUUCGGGGUCACGCCCGAGGCCGCAUGCACGGGCGCUUCCAUCGUCUACACUGUUACCAUCGUCGACACUUUUGCGGCGGCCUCCCUCGCGGCUGUGAUAAACGAUCCAGCAAACCAAGCAGAACUCCUGCUCUCGAGCGAGCUCUCUUCCGGGACUAGCACGAUCAACAUCGUCUCCGUGGAAGCCGCGGCGGCCCUGGCGAUGCCUGCUCCGUGA